AUGAUGCUGAAUGAGUGGGCUGUGAGUCACCUUGCUGAGUUCCAGAAGUACCAUCCAAAGGUUGUGAGUAAGAAGAAGAGGGUACCCAUGAAAUGGCAGUGUCCUCCUAGUGGGAGAUUGAAGAUAAAUGUGGAUGGAGCGUUUAGAGCGGAUGUGGGUUGUGGAGGCAUUGGUGUAGUAGUCAGGGAUGAUGUUGGCAUGGGUAUUGCUGCUUUGGCUAGGUCUUUUCUACAUGCACACUCAGUCCUCAAUAUGGAAGCUGAGGCGUGCAGAGCUGGUUUACUUCUUAGUAUUCAUCAGGGUUGGCCUGAAAUUGAAAUUGAAAGCGACUCUGCCAUUCUAGUUGCUGCACUUAAUAGCGGAGAGAAGAAUUUCUCGGAGGUAAGUCGGAUUCUAGAUGAUUGUAAGGAUUAUAUGUCUUCUUUUCAAUCUGUUAGGAUUCGUCAUAUCUACCGUGAAGCUAAUUGUGUUGCAGAUAGGCUUGCACACCUAGCUAGUUUGUUUUAUAUUGAUGAUGUGUGGUUAGAGGAAACUCCUGCUAUUAUUCAGGAUGUUCUCUAUAACGAUUAUUGUAAUAGUACUUAUGUUGCUCGGGGUUCAGGACACAAUUUUUGUGUUCUAAUAAGGUAA